GUUUUCGGAACAGGUAGGAUGAAAACGCUUGCUGAAGGUAAGAAGAACAAAAUGACCGCACUCGGCUUCCUCCUCACAAAUUGUGUGGUGGCCUUGUUCGGGAGCUAUGGAGGGAGAGUCGCGGGCGCGCAGACGUCUGCUACCGAAGCAUUUUGGAAUGAUGUACAGGAUGCGGGCAAUACGAAGGCGAAAUGGUUUUCCCACGUUGUCAUUUUUUGCAGGGCGUGCAGGAUGGUUUCUGUGGUGCGAUCCUAACAACUGACCAUCCCCCACACCACUAGACAUGCAUGAUAUAUAUGUUCAUCAUCUUACGCAUUGGUGGUUCGCAAGUCACGUUUCAGGUUUUUCUUCAUCUUCUUCUUCCAAGUACAACGGCGCGAUAGGCGUCGGCAAAGCGUGAGUCGGUUUGGCGUAUCACACAUGCCAGUGAAGAACUCUAUCGCAACAUGAAACGCUACCCCAAAUAAAAUGACAAGAAGGGAAGUUUUUUCAUUGCACCCGCAUCGAAA